GGCCAGAGUCCCACAGGCGGCACCGACUCGGCCAAGGGCGGCACUGCUGCUAACGGUACCAACGGGGCAGGAACAAAAAAAACUGCUAUACCAGAGCGGGGCUCCGGCCGCAUUGCUGUCUUUACAAACCGGCAGUUUUAUCUAUGUGCAUUGCUCGGUCUUUUCUGCCGUAUGGUUUUUCUUGAAAUACUGUAUACAUUAAAAAGACCGAUUUAGUGUAUUAGCAUUGCUGGUUCGGAUUUGUCGGCUACCACCCUUUUCGGUACAUUGUUGUUUCGUCGGGCUAUCCAGGUGUAAAGUCCAUACAUUAGCCACACUCGAGUCCCAGGCUCCUGGACUAUUAUGGAGAACAAAGCGGCCGCACGGGACAGCAGCGACCGGGACCUGUACCGUCAGUUUCAGGACUGGUGUUUGAAAACCUAUGGGGACUCGGGCAAAACCAAGACGGUCACCCGUAAGAAAUACGAUCGCAUCGUCCAGUUUCUGAGCGGAGUAGAACCAAGCUCUGCCGAUAACGCCAAAUUUAAAUUCUGGGUGAAAUCGAAAGGGUUCCAGCUGGGAUCGUCGGAAGAGCUGAAGGCUGGAGGUGGUAAACUGGUCCUUUACGUGCCAGUCAAAACAACGGAUGGAGUCAGCGCUACAGAGAAGCAGUCUUUAAAGCGGGUUGCAGUGGUUGAAGAUUUUUUUGAUAUUAUCUAUUCCAUGCACGUUGAGAUGGGAGUAAAUGGAGAAAAAUCCCGAAAACAUGCUGGUCAGAAAAGAACCUAUAAAGCAAUUUCAGAGACCUAUGCCUUUUUGCCACGAGAAGCCGUAACCAGAUUUCUAAUGAGCUGCUCAGAAUGCCAGAAGAGAAUGCAUUUGAAUCCAGAUGGUGCAGAUCAUAAAGAAAAUGAAAAACCUGCUUCUUUGGUGACUGGUAUGAUAGACUACAACAUGCCUAUAACGAUGGCCUACAUGAAGCACAUGAAGCUGCAGUUACUGAGCUCUCACCAAGAUGAGGAUGAACAAUCACUGAGCAGCGAGGAGUUUGAACUCAGUGACUCCACAUGGAUGUCAGUUGAACGCAUGAACUCUGACCAAAGUUCUAAUCUGGAAGAGAGGAUGCAUAGUCCACAGAACCUUGACAGCCAUCAGGAUGAAGAUUCAUCUGUGGAGUGUUUCAAUGGAAAUGAGACCUUGAUGCUUAAUUCUAGUGCUGCAGAGGCAGGCCACUGUGGGGAGAUGUAUGCAAGUAUGGGAGACAUUAAUGGUAACGCCACAGCCAAUUCAGACCACAUUGCUGGCCAGGAUGAACAACCAAUAAACCUAAGUGACAGUCCUCUAUCAGUCCAGAUAACACCAGACUAUGGCACAGAAAGCAUCAGUAAUGGAAGAAGAAAUCGCAUGAAAUACACGGUUACUGACAUUAAAAUGGAACGAGAUUCAAGAGAUUUGGGAGGCAAGUCACCUGCACACAGCUAUUCUAGCUAUGAAUCUCUAAGAAAUGAAAGUGUAGGAGGUGGUCCUGAAGAUCUGACUGUGAGUAGAGCUAUCGAAGAUGACGACGAUCAGGAUGAUCAUGAUGAUGCUGAGAAGAUAAUUGAUUCAGAUGGAGCAGAAUCAGAGCGCCUUAAAGCCUUUAAUAUGUUUGUGAGGCUGUUUGUAGAUGAAAACUUGGACCGAAUGGUCCCCAUUUCUAAGCAGCCCAAAGAAAAGAUCCAGGCAAUAAUUGAGUCAUGUAGCCGGCAAUUCCCUGAAUAUCAGGAGCGUGCCCGGAAGCGCAUACGUACUUACCUCAAGUCCUGCAGGCGGAUGAAAAAGAAUGGUUUUGAGACGUCGCGUCCCAUCCCUUCACAUCUCACAUCUGCAGUUGCAGAGAAUAUCUUGGCCACAGCUUGUGAGAGCGAAAGCAAAAAUGCAGCUAAGAGAAUGCGCCUGGAUUUGCGUCAACAGCAACAGGAAGAGCCAGUUCCACUCGGAAAACAGUGGACAAGAGAAUCUGCUCAGGUCGCUUAUACAGCCCCAACGGUUUCUUACUCACAGGAGCUAAUGUAUAUCAAUGGAAAUACGAGCUAUAAUUACCACGGUUAUGGAGGGCUGGGUAGUGGGAAGCAAAAUCCAUCUUCCUUACCAAGUGAUGGUACCAACAGUGGACCAGCAGAUCUCAGCGUGAAGAAGUCACUUGCGUCACACUCUGGGUCAUCCAACAUUAACAAUUCCAAAAGCCCACCAGCUCAGCUGAGUCCAACAGAAAUAAAUGCAGUACGGCAGCUUGUUGCAGGAUAUCGGGAGUCAGCAGCAUUUUUACUUCGUUCUGCAGAUGAGCUGGAAAAUCUAAUUUUACAACAGAAUUAAUUCCUGAUAAGCUACCCUCGUUGCUGUUGAUGCUUAUAUUUCUGGGGAAAAUGCAUUUCCAUUACUCUACAGUACCAUGGAACAACAACUAUCACAGUCCCCCAUCAUACCCCUGAAUGUAAAACAACAUAUUGGACCACUUUUUGUCUUUUUGAGGAACAAUUGCAUUUUUAGCGUAAAGCUUCAAUCUGUUUAUUUCAUAUUUUCUAACUGAAGUAACAAAACACACAGACCACAAAUAUUUAACCAUCCUCAAUGACUGAAUGCCAAUUAAAAACAGCAGCAUCAAUAUUGUCUUACGUUCCAAGUGCAAUAUGAUUUUAAGGUGCUACUAAUAGUUUAUUUUGGACAAUUGCUAUGGUGAAAAGAAUUUAGAGAGGUUUUAAGAGAAUCAUGUUGUAGUAGUUAUGAAGCAGAAAUUGGGAAUUUGGUGCUGGUUUUCAGGAUUGUGAUAACAGGCUUAUGGGGAGUUAACUAAGCCAAUAUCAUUUAUCAUAUUGGUUUUAUUCUCCAACUAUUAUCUAUCCCCAUCUCACUCACAAGUAACUCUACCCCUAUGUUCAGGUAAAUUCAAUCCUGAAAACUAAUAUGGUGCCUGGAUAAAUGCAUCUGAACAUGAAAUAGACAAGUUGUUUUUUGGAUUAAUUUAAAUCUGAUGUUUGUUGGAGAAAUGAAUCAAAAAAAACAUGAGAUGUAUUUCACUGUAAGUUGUAUAUUUUGCAAGUAACAAUCUGAGAACUUUGUACAGUUUAAUUUUAGAGAAUUCUAUGAGAGGAUGUCUUCAGACACCAUUUACUGUGGGAUGUAUUUUGCUGUAGGUUGUAUAUUUUGCAAGUAACAAUGUGAAAUCUUUGUACAGUUCCAUUUUACAGAAUUCUAUGAAGAGGCCAGGAGACAUCUUUUUUGAUGUGAUGUGCAAAAUGUGCAGUUUACUGCAGUAUUUUGUUGUUCCCUGAAAUCUGUACUGACCGGAUGCAGUUCUCUCACAAUUACUGUGGGUGUACUUAAAUUCUGUCAAUCAUUUUAUAAAUUAUUACUUAUACACAAUUUGAUGUUAAUUUCUGUUGUUUAGGACCAUUUUCAGUAAUUCUUGAGAAAAUUGCUUUUGCUUUUCAUGUUGAAUAUAAUUUAAAUUUUGUAUUUUUGCUGUGCACUUAGUGAAGAGGUAUAGUGGGAAUCCUUGUAUAGUUUCUACACUUGUGAAUUCCUUAAAAUCUGUCUCAUUCAUAUUGAUUCUCAUUUAUGUUUUGAUAAUUGUGUUUAAUGAUUCAGUAACAUUGAGUAGAUGUGAAUUAGUGUUUUUCAAUUUGUUAACAACUCCUGACUGUGAUUGUGAACUGCGUUAUGUGCACUUUGUUCUAUAGUAAUUGGACAGCACUGACAUCUAAGCUUUUGUAAUGUUUAUUUGAUUGAUUGGUAUACUGUUUAACAAAGUCAAAAUGGUUGGUAUUGUAGGUGAAUAUAAAUGUGAGAAAACCGUCACUGCUAUAAUCCAAAUAUUUGUGGAUUGUUCCUUCUGCAGCAUAUACCUCCUAUUAGAAAGCUGGAACCAAUAAAUAUUGAACAAAAUUAGUUUUGAAACAUCUUGACAGACAAUGCAGACAAGUAUAUUUGUAGUGGAAUGCACAUGCCUUUCUGUCCUGAUAACACCUGAUUUUAGUAGAUUUUAGCUAUGUACUUACUAAAGCAACUUUAUGCAUUGCCCAGGAAAAGCCUUCGCAGGCUAUCAUAGCCAUUAUGACAUUGUUUUCUGAGUUCCCACUCUUGCAGCGCAAACUUUGUAGUUGAUUUUGAAAAUGCAGUUAUGGUCAAAUAAAAAAGAAUGCUGCAGAUGUUGGGAAUCUAAACCAACAGAAAAUGCUAAAGAAACUCCUCAGGUCCGACUCUAUCGGUGUGGAGAGAAAAUUAGUUAUUGCUGAGUUUGGUCUGACUUCUUCAGGCCUCCCCGUUCACAAUCUUGGAACCUGCAAUCAAUCACAGGAUGUCUUUGAACAAAGGAAAACACCGCUCUGCCCUAGAGUCACAAAAACUUCUGGAUUUACUUCUCAUUGCCUCCAACACCGCAAAUCCCCUAUGCUCCAAUGGAUUAAUAUCAGUAACAUAAGGUAAGGCCCUUAAGUGGCCAUGGGUGUUAGUGGAUGCUGAUUAGUUGCCGAGUUAACUUUGGCUGAGCCUUUACAACACAGAAAGGAUGGGGUUUGGAAGGCUGUCUUGAAAGGUGCAAGAAUUGCAAACAUUCCCUCUGCAGAAAAUGGGUUCCUGAAUAUGAAUGUGUACUUCUGUUUUAAGCAAACAAAUUUUCAUUAAGAAGGCUGUAACGGGGCACUGAAACAAAUUCAUGGUUAACAGAGACUUACAUAAUGAAAUUGAAACUUAUUCAACCAAAAUAACAUUGAGUGUAUAAUUCUAGCAAAAAUUAGUUAUUAGUGCAACUAUUAGUGCAUUUAGGAUUGUUCAGUAUUUUCUUCCUAAUCAUGGAAUCACUUCUUGUCAAUACAUUUAUUUGGGGUUUGUAAGCACAGGCUAUUGUGUGUGUGCUGCCUAAAAUGAAUAGACGAAGGAAUGUGUUCUUCUGAUUUAAUCACAAGUGUUGGGAUGUGCAGCCUCCAUACAUUGCAAUGGCACAACUACUCAUGCAUAGCAUUGCUCAAGUGUCUAGUAUAUGGGCUGGGGAGAUUUUCCACUGACCAGGCCGUUGGUAUGCCAGUCUGAAGAAAAGUUGCUCUCGAGGAUGUUGUUCAGGUCCCAUCAUCAGAGAUAUCCACAGGAGCUGAAACCUCUGUCCUUACCCCACCCCCCAAAACCAACAUGUUCUCCACCAGAUCUGAGCCCUGACCCCACCCAUCGCAGCCAGACCUCAUUUGCCAACUCCCUCCACCUCACUAGCUGACCCAAUCCAAUCCCUGAACUACUUCCAUUGUCACCAUUAGUCCCAACCCUUCAUCAUUAGACGGAGUCCUGACACUGCUGCCUCCAUAUUUAAUUCCCUAACUUUGUCCAUCUGCUGGACCCAGCAUGACCCAAUACAACCCACCCACCUCAAAACUUUGCCAGACCUCAAACUGCACAGUUCCAAUGCCCCUCAUUCCCUCACCAGACCUUACACACCCCCACCCCUACCAACACACUUCCAAACCUGAAAUCAGACUUAACACCCACCCUCCCCACUUGCUGCCAGGACCAAUUUCUCCAGCUAACUCCAACCUAGCAUAAACACUUACUUGGCCCUGCUGUGACAUUGCUGUGUUUAAAUCGCACCCAUUUCUCACAGUAUCCUACACAGCUGGCACCUUACAUUCCCAGCAAUCUACCCCUGACCCUAGCUGGAACUCCGGUAACCUGUCAUCCUACAUCCCUAUCUAUUAUAAUCCAAACCUCCCAGCAGCUUAAUGCAUCGCGCUUACAUUUAUCCAUUGGUAUGGGCUGUUGAGAAUUUUAAAUAUCAGAUACAGCAGCUGACUGGUAUAAAAAGGGGGUAUGGUUUGCCUUCUGACAGUAAUGCACUCAAAAGAACUGACCAGUACCAAUCAAUGAUCUUCUCCUCCCCUCAAACUAAUGUUCACUAAAUACCAUCCACAAGUAACAUUAAUAUUCAAAAUGUCCCUUCAAAGUCUGCAAAAUCUCCCCAGGUUCUGGCUUUUCCUGCUAAUCAGUGGGAUUCAGGCUGUAAGGCAGCAUCCUUUCCUUAUCCCUGCUCGCAAGGUUGCAAUUCUUGCCUGCUCAGGAAUGUAUAUUUUUUAAAAUUCUGUCACUGUUUUACAGUUCUGCCAUUGAGAAUAGAAGCAUUUUCAAUUUUGUCUCCUGUGUCAUUUCAUUUUCACAUCAGCAGAGAAUAAAAAUAUACAUACAUUUUGGCUCAUAAGUUAUCCAAAGUGACAGACUGCUUUAUUUUUGUCACAUCCUUGCUGCUCUUUUAAGUAGCUGGAUUUCUCAUGACGCUGAAAAUCCAUACAGGUGCACCACUCCAUCAAUGGGUUUAAUUGCUUAUUUAAUGGCUUCCACAGACUUCACACAAAGGCAUAUAUAUUAGUGGUAAAGGCCAUGUGACUACGGCAAGCCAGACAAAACAUGAAGGUACAAUUACAUUUUUCCAAACACUUAGGAGUGUCCUUGAGGUAUCAAGUUUUAAUCUGAGACCAGAGUCAUUUAAUUUCUAUCUUGUAUACACAGGCAGAGAGAAUAUUGCAAAUAUCGUUGAAUUCUAAGUGAAGAGAUGUUUCUCCAAUUUGCUUUAUCAUUAGAUUAUGUCUUCAGACAGACUGACAGAAAAUGGAGAGAGAGAGAGCAAAAGCUGUCCAGUUCUAGUUGCAUAUCCAUCUUUCUCUCUUGUUUUGCCAAAGCAGCUUUUGGAAAUACAGAUCAAUACUUAUUCCCAUGUCUGGGCUCAUUGUUUUCCAAGCUGAAUAGUUUUCAGGUGGCUGUUUCAUCUCGAAUAUAUGAACUGUAUCAAUCAGGGUGCAAAACAAACAGAAGAUACAGAUCUGAGUUUUAAUGCCUUUUGAAAACUUUAAUUUGUUUUGGCUGUCUUUGUGAUUGUUAUAUUCAUUUCACAAAACUGGGCUAACCUGUGGGCAGCUGAUA